AUUAUGAAAAACAAAUGAUGCAACAAUAACAACAAAAAAACAGUUCAGGGUCUUCGUAAAUAUAAUAUAUUAUUACCCUGUUGUUAAAAAUGGCAUUAAAUUUGGUAAAAAGUAAAUUAUGGCUUGUUUAGGACUCAAAACUAAAAAAAAGUUUUGAACAAAACAAUGACUUUGUCUGACCUGAUCAGUGGUAACAACAUGAUCCAGAGUCAACAGUUUAAGAAACUUCAUUCCACACUAAUCUUGAAGUUACACAUUAAAAGUUUCCUAGUUUUGAGGUUAAAUCCCCCUGCUUUGUGAAGAGAAAGCGAUGUUUGAGGACACAGUGUGUUCCAGGCGGUAGCUCCACGUGCAGCCAGUAGGGGGAAUCGACUGCUCACACUGACGCCAUCCCCCUCUCGUUUCCACUCCUCUUCCCUGCGUUCUCCCAGGUUGUGGAAACGCUGCAGCCCGCUGGUCUGUGUCUGGAUCCCUCUCUCUCGCACAGAGCUGCUAAAGACCCUCCUACCGGCUGGGCUGGAGAAGGAGGAGGCAGUCUGCUCUGCUCGCAGCCUCGGACGAGCCCCCUUUACCGCCCUGUCAGUGUGGAGGAGAAGGAGAGAGAGAGAGAGAGAGGCUGAGAGACUGAGUGAUAGAGAAAGCGCACGCGAGAGUAAGAGAGAGAGCAACUGUGUGACAGAGGGAAAGAGAACGAGGCAGGCUGCUUAGAGGAGUGAGAGAGCCAAGGACGAAAUAAGGAACACAUUUUACAAGUGCAGGAAGAGGGAGGAUCGCAGACGAGGGACUCCUUCUUUACUGGGCACCUGGGACACAGACACUGUUUUUUUUUCCCCCCACUCGUCUUCUAUCUGGAGCUCAGUGGAUUGACUAACCAGCCAGUGGAUUUUUUUAAUACACGCUUGUGCCACAUCAUUUAAAAAACUGGGAUCAUUUCUCUGUGUUAUCUGUCCUCUUGCCGGCUCGACCGCUCCAGACUGAGAUUUCUUUCUGUGUCUGCGCUCGGCUCUCGUGUUGCGAUUCUGCUCCGUGCACAAAGUGCAUCUGUCGGCAGCCGGUGCUGUGGAUAUCUGCCCUCUGUCAAACAGGACAGCCACCGUCGGAUCAGACUACAGAAGAGAGAGAGAUAGAGAGGGAGAGAGAGAGAGAGAGAGAGAUAGUGUGUGUAUGUUAGAGAGCGACAGAGAGAGAGAGAGGGGGCAGUGAGAGAGAGUCAGAUUCACAGUGUGUCUGAGAGAGAGAGGAGAUUAAAGCCAAGGCAAAAGACUGGAGUGAAACAGCUCAAAUAGAGAAGUGAGCCUAUACAUCCUCUCCCGUUUUCCUUGCCAUCCCUUUCCUCCUCCUCUCCUCCUCUUCUUCCUUCUCCCAUUUUCCAACAUUCACAGGACUGCCAGAGCUACUGCCACCUGCACCUCUUCUCUUUCCUCUUCUUCCUCUACCUCACCCUUAUCGCGCGUUACUAUCCGAUACCAGCCACUGACGGACACGGCGCUCUUGGUUCUAGCACUUGUGGAAAUAUUUCCAUUGAUCCAGCAGCGAGAGACUGAGUGAGCAUCCGCCCGACACUGAGGCUCUCUGGACCGGUGAGGCACGAGCUUCCCCCCCCUGCCAAUCAGAGGCAGACCUUCUCCAGCUGCCAACCGGCGCGCAGACCCAGUCUUCUCCCUGGAGGACCGGCUAGCGACACAGUGGUGCUGAAAGCAAAGACAGGAAUCGCACAGCCCCUUCCACUGCCUCUAUCCCAUUGCUAGCUACUUGGCAGCUUCCGCCCCCGUGUCACCAUUCCCUGCCUCAGUGCUAAGGAUUCCAGCUACAUGGGCAAGCGAUUGGAGCAGCAGCCAAUGUACCCUCAGUACACCUACUACUACCCCCACUAUCUCCAGACCAAGCAGCCCUAUGCUCCACCCCCUCAUCCCAUGGCUCCUCCCAGCCCUAGCACCAACAGCUGUAGCCAGGGAGGGGCGGAGCAGCUGAGUAAGACCAACCUGUACAUCCGAGGCCUGCCACCUGGGACCACCGACCAGGACCUCAUCAAACUCUGCCAACCGUAUGGAAAAAUAGUGUCAACCAAGGCCAUUCUGGAUAAGAACACCAACCAGUGCAAAGGCUAUGGCUUUGUGGAUUUUGACAGCCCAGCUGCAGCACAGAAGGCCGUGUCGUCUCUCAAAGCCACCGGGGUGCAGGCCCAAAUGGCUAAGCAACAGGAGCAGGACCCCACCAACCUGUACAUCUCCAACCUGCCGGUGUCCAUGGAUGAGCAGGAGCUGGAGAACAUGCUGAAGCCGCUGGGUCACGUCAUCUCCACGAGGAUACUGAGGGAUGCCAACGGGGUCAGCAGAGGAGUCGGCUUCGCCAGGAUGGAGUCCACAGAGAAAUGUGAAGUAGUGAUACAGCAUUUCAAUGGAAAAUACCUGAAAACCCCGCCAGGCAUUCCAGCUCCCACGGAGCCUUUGCUGUGCAAAUUUGCCGACGGAGGGCAGAAGAAACGCCAGAGUCAGAGCAAGUACCCUCAGAACGGGAGGCCGUGGCACAGAGAAGGCGAGACUGGCAUGGCGUUAACAUAUGAUCCCGCUGCAAUGCAGAAUGGGUUCUACUCCUCGCCUUACAGCAUCGCCACCAACCGCAUGAUUGCACAGACCUCCAUCACGCCCUUCAUCGCUGCUUCCCCCGUUUCCACAUAUCAGGUCCAGAGUACGUCAUGGAUGCCUCAUCAACAAUAUGUUAUGCAACCUACAGGUGCAGUGAUCACGCCAGCCAUGGACCACACUAUGUCCAUGCAGCCUGCCAGCAUGAUGGGCCCUCUCACCCAGCAGAUGAACCAUCUGUCCCUGGGCACUACAGGAAGUUACAUGACUGCAGCAGCUGCCGCGGCACCUAUGCAAGGGACCUACAUUCCCCAGUACACUCCUGUGCCUCCAACAGCCGUCCCUGUCGAAGGAGUGGUGACGGACGCCUCCCCCCAGACAGUGGCUCCCUCGUCACAGGAGGUGGCGGGCCAGCAGCAACAGAUCCAAGUGGACAGUGCUGCCGACCAUGUUCCUGCUUACUCAUACCAGUCCAAAUAGCAACGGCCUGAGCGAAUGUUCCUGUGACAGCGUUGCCUUGAGACAGAAGGUGGCUGCACUGUGAAUGUGAGGAAAAAGAGAAAAAGAAAGAGAUUGCUUCCAGAUUGCCCAGGCACCAAAAAAGAGACACUUUUUUCAUUUCCUACCUGGCCUACGAGAAAAAAAACAUGAAAAAAAAUAAAACGCAAGACGGAGGCAAAGAGUGCUGAGGAAGGGGAUGUUGGGAAAAUUGCUGGGCACAGUGCAAAGAAGUGAAAUUGUUUAGUCUGGGAACCUGCCUGAAGGGCUGGGCUGAAGCUUGAAAAGUUUCUCAAAGAAAAUUCUCAACCAGUUAAAAAAAAAAGGAAAAAAAUAGAAAGAAAAAACGACAAAAAAAACAAGGUUGAAUGCGCAGGUAGGUGAUGAAGUUUAUUUUGUAAUUAGAAAAGGGGAGUCAAGUUUGAGAUACACACAGAGAUUGUCUUCCUCAGAUAUUAAGCUACAGUUUCUUUUCACUCUUUUUUAUGUUCUAGUGUUAAAUUUUAGUUUUCUAGAUAUAUUCGAAAACAAAGUGUUUUUUCUUUCUUGAAUCUUCAUGGCCUUAAUUUGAAGGGCGGCAGAAACUUUUUACAGAGUUAAAGUCUGACGUCUGGUUAGAAAAGAAAAAAAAAAGCAAACGAGAUCAGUCUCUUGGACCACUCGGAGGGUACAAGACACUAGCUGAGUUGUUCUAAAGAGAAAAAAAGAAUCUAUCACAUAAGCUGUACAGAUUUAAUAGAGAAGAGCUUUUUUUCUUUUCUUCAUUAGAAGAAAACUUUGAUAAUUAUUAUGUCAGAGGUAACUAAGUGUCAGAAGAAAACAAAAUGUCUGUUGGGGGGGGAAAGACUCGGGGGGGAGAAGAAGCUUUGAAGAGAUUUUUCACAUUGAGGAAAAAAUGAAAACAUAAGAAAAACAUGCUGCAUUGUGGAUGCAGUCUGUUGCAAAUGCUGAACUUGUUUUUUAUUAUCAUAAUUAUUAUUUUACAUGGCAAAAGUUGCUGUCAAUGACAUUAGUGCUUUUUAUCUGCCACAUUUUACCUUUUUUAUGAGCUUUAAGAUGUUUUUAGCCCGCUUUGCUUGUCACACUGCAAAAAGAAGAAAAAAAAGAAAAAAACAAGAAGAAAAAAAUUAUAAAAUUAGCAACAAAAAAAAAAAACUACGGAAAAAAUUCUGGCAGUGAAAUAAAAAACAGUAGAUUCAGUAGGAGCUUACGGUUUAAACCAAUCAGUGCAAAAGCAAUAGAAGAAAUUGUUGACAAUUUCUGUAGUCUUUCCUAGUUGUGGAUCAAAUGCAGCCCAUGGAUGGCCAUUUUUAUACCAAAGAUGAAGAGACACUCUGAACCAGAGUUUUGUUUUUGUUUUUUUUUUGUGUUCCUUUCCUUUUCAUUUUUCAGUUUGAUUUUGUUGUUGUUGAUGUUGUUGUUGUUGAUGAUGUUAAUGUUGAUAUUGUUGUUGUUGAUGUUGCUGUUGUCGUUGUUUUUUAUUUGACCUUGAUGGCCGGACCAGUCCUUACUAUCCUUCUUUAACAUCUUUUUUUUCGCCGGGUUUAAGCUAGUUUCCAUGGUUGUCCAAGCUGUCACACACACACACACACACAUGAACACAUAUCCAAACAUACACACACUUACUGUACAAGCUCAAACACACACAUCAAACAGUAUUUAAAGUGUGAUACAACCAGUGGCAGUCCUACCAAAAGUCCUUUUUCUGUUCACCUCUUCUUCUUGUCUUUUUGUUUCUUUGUGUCUCAUUAUGAUGCUUUCACACGCCGUGGGUGCAUUCCACCUCUCUCUCUCUCUCUCUCUCUCUCUCUCUCUCUCUCUCUCUCUCUCUCUCUCUCUCUCUCCUCUCUCUUUCUCUCAGAUCCUGCAGGGAAAACUUUAGGAAACAGAUUGGGGAAUGUUGCUCGCUACGCUCCGUGGUUGUCAACACAUUGCUUCCAGCUUUCUCCCCUUAGUGAUUUCUGUCCUUUAUCUCUUCAAUUCAACCAUAACUAAGUCAGCAUACUGAGCUUCAGUGUUGAACUGGGAAACUCCCUGCUGCUGAUAAUCUCUUGUCACGUGUCACCAAACCUAGGUCACUUUUUUGAGUAUUUACC